AUGGCUCAAACAAUAGAAAAGAAACCUGUUUCAUUCUCUAAUAUACUGCUGGGUGCUGGGUUGAACUUGUCGGAGGUCACAACUCUUGGCCAACCAUUAGAAGUGGUUAAGACCACUAUGGCUGCUCACAGAGAAUUCAAUUUCUUACAAGCUACAAAGCAUGUAUGGUCUCGUGGUGGUAUAUUCGGUUUUUACCAAGGGCUAAUUCCAUGGGCUUGGAUCGAAGCCUCCACUAAAGGUGCCGUGCUUUUAUUUGUUUCUGCUGAGGCUGAAUACAGAUUCAAGGUGCUAGGGCUCAAUAACUUUGGUGCUGGUAUCAUGGGUGGUAUCACUGGUGGUGUCACUCAAGCUUAUUUAACCAUGGGGUUCUGUACCUGUAUGAAGACUGUGGAGAUCACAAGACAAAAGGCCGCUAAUGUUCCAGGUGUUAUUCCUCAAUCAUCAUGGCAAGUGUUCAAGUCCAUCUAUAAGAAGGAAGGUAUUAGAGGUAUCAAUAAAGGUGUAAAUGCCGUUGCUAUUAGACAAAUGACUAACUGGGGUUCCCGUUUUGGUCUAUCGAGAUUAGUUGAAGAUGGUAUCAGAAAACUCACUGGUAAAACUGGAAAAGAUGAUAAGCUAACUGCUCUUGAAAAGAUCAUGGCAAGUGCCAUUGGUGGUGGUUUGAGUGCAUGGAAUCAGCCAAUCGAGGUUAUUAGAGUAGAAAUGCAAUCUAAGAAAGAAGAUCCAAAUAGACCUAAAAACCUAACUGUUGGUAAGACUUUCAAGUAUAUCUACCAAAGUAACGGUCUUAAGGGUUUGUACCGUGGUGUCACACCUAGAGUUGGUCUAGGUAUCUGGCAAACUGUCUUCAUGGUUGGUUUCGGUGACAUGGCCAGAGAAUUUGUUGCUAAACUAACUGGUGAAAAGCCAGCUGCAAAGCACUGA